AUGAUACCAUCUUCUGCAUCCUCAAACUGGGAUUUCACCCCGGUGAUUAACCUAUUGCGAUCACCCACAUGUCAGAACGAGGGAUCGUCGGCAUGUAAUAGUUUCUCGGAUUAUCCCCUAUCUUCGGUUGCGUCACACGAGAUAAGGAAAGAUGACGCUGGGACGUCGUCGGACAUCAGGGAACGAUUCCUGACGCCGAAGCUGGGGGAUUUCGGCUCUUUGUGGGAGCUGCUGGGUAACACCGGCGUUUCUGAUCCGGAGAGCAAGGAAAAUGACACCGCCACUCGACCAUCUUUGAAGUCCGAGUUAUCAACACAACCCAUUACCAUUCUCAAACGGCCCAAAGCUUUCGAUGCUUCUUCUUUGGCAACUUUAAAGAGCGAGAAGCUUGAUGAGAUUCAUUCAUGGCCGAAACCGGCUCGGUUACUGAAUAAAUCCAUUACCAUACUCAAACACUCAGACGCUCCCGACGCUCCUUUUUCGACUACUCCAAAGAGCGAGAAGCUCGGUGACACUCGGCCAUGGCCGAAAGAACCAUGCCCGAAACAGUCUCAUGCACAGAGCAAACCCAUUACUAUACUCAAACAGUCCAAGGUUCCCGACGCUCCUCUUAAGGAAACAGCCGUCCAGCGACGCCGCCAUCGGACCAAAGUCAAUAAAGAUGCUGGCUCAUCAGAGAGUAACCUAGAAGGGGAGUCGGAUAGUAGUGUUUUUGACCACCCGCUCUCGCAACCUCGGAGCAUUCCACCAAUGAUUCCACCGCAGGUCGGUGUUUCAGGAGCUAGAGCAGGAUAUCUUGAGACGCCACCAUCUUCUUUUGACGAAUUAGAUGAAUUUUUGACUCCGAAGAACAUCAUCAAAUAUCCUGCCAGCGCCAGCACUGGCGCACCUGGAUUGCAACCACUUGCGUACAAAUCCGCACCUGAUCAACGACUGGGGAUGUUGACGAAGCUUCUGAAGGAAUUUCCCGACUAUGCUGAGCUUAUCGCCGAUUCUGGGCGGCCGAAACAAUCAAAGAAAAUUGAUUCGUCUUCUCGUCCAAUACACGUGUUUGUCGAUAUUUCGAAUAUCAUGGUAGGUUUUCACGACACGAUGAAAAUCUCGCGGAAUAUACCUGUCCAAACCAGGAUCCGCCGCUUGCCACUUUCAUAUCAAAACUUCUCGUUGAUAUUAGAACGCGGUCGGUCAGCAGCUAAAAAAAUUCUCGUUGGCUCGGAUCGGAUCGCUGCUAUAAACGAAAGCGAGGAACUCGGAUACGAAGCCAACAUUCUCAACCGGGUUCAAAAAAUCAAACAGCUCACCCCUCGUCAGGUGAAAUUCAGGAGAAAUCCUAGGGUAACAUCUCGGGACGGCGGCCAUGGUUCAGAAACGAACGAUGCCCCGGAAGAGCGUUGGGUCGAGCAGGGUGUGGACGAAAUUCUACACUUGAAGAUAUUAGAAAGCCUGUUAGACGCAGAUGAGCCGUCAACAAUGGUGCUGGCAACGGGAGAUGCUGCAGAAGCAGAGUACUCCGGCGGCUUCAUGAAGAUGGUUGAACGAGCCCUCCAACGUGGCUGGAAAGUCGAGUUGGUUAGCUUCUCUCAGGUGACAAGUUGGGCUUAUAAGAAGAAGGAAUUCCGUUCUCGGUGGGGGAAUCAAUUCCGGAUUGUUCUCCUGGAUGACUACAUUGAAGAACUGCUGAAGAUUUAG